CAGAAAGAUAAGCUAUAGUGCACAAGAUAUGGGGCUCUUAUGCUAUGUCAAUUACAUGACUUCUGCUUCGCCGUCUCAUUUUCUUAUAUUAUUUUUUCACCAUUUCUAAAUAUUUUUUUGUAUACUUUCAUCUAUCUUCCCUCUAUCUAUGGAGGGGCAAAGGAAACCCCACCUCGAUGCCCUAAGCCCUAAACCCCAAACAAAAGGGAACUCAUCAAAAGGACUUUUGUUCUAAUCUGCAAGGUGC